GGUAGACUGGGUACGGUUGAAACGGUGGACGGUUGAAACAAAAUGAAUAUCGCGUAAACAGUGCGUGGUAAGGUGAGGGGUGCAAGGGGAGUACGAAGCGGACGACAAGUCGGAACACGAAUUUUAGUAUUACGUCGCUCUUCGGGCGUCGUCCUCGUGUAUAGGAGGCCCCAUUGUCUUUUUUGACGGAAAAAUGCCAAGGGUACGCCAAAGAAAGACUACGAAAGGUCGGGCAGACUUAUCAACGUAUAAACAAGCUUAUGAUGAUGUAAAAGCGGGAUCGUCGUUAAGAACAACGGCAGAAAAACAUGGACUGAACCACUGUUCCCUGUUCCGAUAUGUACAUAAACGAGAUGCGGCUGGUAACGACGAAAAUCAAGAAAUGGGAUAUAAGGCCCACAAUCGGGUGUUUACCCGGGAACAAGAGCUUGAGUUAUCUAAAUAUUUAAUCAGAUGUGCAGAUAUAUAUUUUGGCCUAACUAAAAAGGAUGUCAUGAAAUUGGCAUACGAACUAACCGUCAAGUACAACUUAUCACGACCUCGGACUUGGGAUGACAACGGAAUGGCUGGCGAAGAAUGGUUUCGCAUGUUUAUGAAAAGAAAUUCUGAACUGUCAGUACGUGCAGCACAAGCCACAAGUCUUUCUAGGGCGACUAGCUUUAAUAGGAAAAACGUAGAUGCUUUCUACGACAAUUUGGCUAAUGUUAUGGACCGCUACAAAUUUGAACCACAAAAUAUCUAUAAUGUUGAUGAGACUGGCAUAACUACUGUGCAAAAACCCGACAGAAUUAUAGCUAGACGUGGUGCUCGUCAAGUAGGCUCAGUAACUUCGGCGGAGAGGGGUGCUUUAGUUACAGUAGCCAUUGCGGUCAAUGCCAUCGGAAAUGCUAUUCCUCCGUUCUUUGUCUUUCCGCGAGUACGAUACCAAGAUCACUUUGUCAGGGAUGGGCCAAUAGGAUCUGCUGGGAGUGCAAAUCCUUCUGGCUGGAUGCAGGAUGAAUCAUUUAUGCAUUUCCUGGAUCACUUCAGGAAACAUACGAAUGCUUCUCCUUCGCGUAAAAUUUUACUUGUGCUUGAUAACCACGCGUCACAUAUACACAUUAACGCACUAGACUUUUGCAAGACGAAUGGUAUUGUAAUGCUAUCUUUCCCUCCCCACUGCUCACACAAACUCCAACCACUUGAUCGAUCUGUAUUCGGUCCACUAAAAAAAGCUGUAAAUUCGACCUGCGAUGGAUGGAUGCGAAGCCACCCCGGAAAGACAAUGACAAUAUACGACAUUCCAGGGAUUUUAACUACUGCUAUGCCGCUUGCUCUUACACAAUCCAAUAUUCAAGCUGGCUUUCGCACAACUGGGAUUGUUCCAUUUAAUCGACAUUUGUUUACUGAGCUCGAUUUUGCACCUGCCUUUGUGACAGAUAGGCCAAAUCCAUUAGAAGCAGCUGAUGGUCCUAUUCAGAAUAUUAAUACACUUGAGGAUAAAACGCCACCAACAUCACCUUCCAUUUUAACCCUCGAACCACAAGAAGAGAUGGAGGAGCUUUCUAAUGAAGCUCUUCUUGUACAACAACCGACUGAAAAUAUGCCACAAUGUUCACAAGUACUUGAUAAAGAACAGGAAAACAUUAUUGCAAAUCCAAAACUUUUGAUUAUAUUACCCGGACAUGAAAGUAGUAGUAGCGCUCAGCAAAUUUCACCCAAACCCUCUAAAAGUUCUCAAUCCAUUCCUGUGUUAACAACUCAAACGGGAAGUAUCAUGACUUUGACUACACCAUCUUUAUUUUCGCCAGAAGUAAUACGACCACUACCAAAAGCUCCUCCAAGGAAAUUAACAAAUAGGGGCCGAAAAACCAGGAAAUCUACUAUCUACACAGACACACCUGAAAAAGAAGAGAUAAGAAGAGAAUAUGAAAACAGAUUGAAACGAACCAAAGCUAAACAAGUUAAGAAAAGAUUAGAUGGGGGAAAGACUAAAACAAAUGCUAGAAGCAGGGGAAAAAUUAAGAUGCACCAAGAGUCAUCAUCAUCAGAAGAAGAGGAGUGCUACUGUGUUGUUUGUAUGUCAGCAUAUUCAGAAAGCAGACCCAGGGAAAAAUGGAUACAAUGCACAGUAUGUAAAAUGUGGGCGCAUGAAGAGUGCACACAAGGUAGCCUUAGUUAUGUUUGUCACAAUUGUGACUCCGAAUGAUCUCGUAACCAUUCAAGUAUUUUUUUUUUAAUAUAAUUUUUUUAUAGGAAUAAUGUCUUUUUUUUCUAAAAGUUUAUAAUGCUGUCAAUAGUUGAGAAAUAUAUUCACACAAAUAUUGCAAAAAUAUCGUCACCGCCACCAAUGUAUGAUUAUUAUUUAGUUUAAGUUGUACUUAACAUAAAACUUUAAAGGCUGAUUAAAAAUAAUGUUAGAUUAUAAGUAUCGCCAAAGAUUGAUUAUUAAUAAAAAACACAUUUGUGAUAUUCAACUGUGUCAUUACGAUUUGUAAAAUAUUAUUAGAUGAUUAAUGAAACAUGAUUAUUGAUUAUAUUUUGUAUUAUU